GGCGGCGGGCGCACAACAGCCCGCACCGGGCGGCGGCGCGGCACGGCUCGGCGCGGCUCCGCUCUGGGAGGCUCACGGGGCCGGGACAGGAUGGCGGCCCCCGAGGCCGGCAGCACAGGUGGGGUGAUCAGCUACGUGGGCUCCAGCGGCGCCUCUCCCACCCGCACCAGCCCCGUGUCCCUCUGCAGCGACAGCUCCAACAGCAGCUCCCAGUCGGGCUCGCAGCCCUUCCCCACGUACUUCCCACCGUCGCCCACCGGCUCCCUCCAGGAUUCCCGCGCCUAUGGCGGAGCCACGCUGGCCCCCCAUGAAGACGGCUCCCCUUCCUCCUCAUCCUCCUCCUCCUCCUCCACCUCCUCUUCCUCGUACAGCUCCUCGGUGAAUUUCCCCGGGGUGCAGCCGGUCCCCGCGGACGAGCGGCGCCGCAGCUCGCCGAGCAAAGCCGGCAGCACCGUCACGAAGCUCAACGGGAUGGUGCUGCUCUGCAAGGUCUGCGGGGAUGUCGCCUCCGGCUUCCACUACGGCGUCCACGCGUGCGAGGGCUGCAAGGGCUUCUUCCGCCGCAGCAUCCAGCAGAACAUCCAGUAUAAGAAGUGCCUCAAGAACGAGAACUGCUCUAUCGUCCGCAUCAAUCGCAACCGCUGCCAGCAGUGCCGCUUCAAGAAGUGCCUGCUGGUCGGCAUGUCCCGUGAUGCCGUGCGCUUCGGGCGCAUCCCCAAGCGGGAGAAGCAGCGGAUGCUGGCGGAGAUGCAGAGCGCCAUGGGCGGCAUGGCCAGCGCCCCACCGCCGAUGCCGGGGCCCGGCGAGGGUCCCGCUGCGGGCGGGGGUCGCGCUCCGCCCCCCGGCCCCCCGCCGCUCGCCCCCCCCGCCUGCUUCUCCCAGUUCCCCCAGCAGCUGACGCCGCCCCGCUCGCCCAGCCCCGGCGGGGCCACCGAGGAUGUCAUCGCGCAGGUGGCCAAGGCCCACAAGGAGAUCUUCAUCUACGCGCACGACAAGCUGGGACCCCCUCCCACCUGCGACAGCGGUCUUCUGCGCUGGGACGCGCCCCCCGCCUGGGCCCCCGGCCCCCCCGAGCCCCGGCUGUGCCCCGCCGCCUACCCCGAGCCCCCGGCCCCGCGGGGGUGCCCCUGGCCCCGCAGCCCCAAGGACGUCCUGCCGGCGUGCCCCAUGAACAGCCACGUGCCCGGCCGCAGCGGGCGCUCCGUGCAGGAGAUCUGGGAGGAUUUCUCCCUCAGCUUCACCCCCGCCGUCCGCGAGGUCGUGGAGUUCGCCAAGCACAUUCCCGGCUUCCAGGCGCUCUCCCAGCACGACCAGGUCACCCUGCUCAAGGCUGGCACCUUUGAGGUGCUGAUGGUUCGCUUUGCGUCGCUGUUCGACGUGAAGGAGCAGACGGUGACGUUCAUGAGCCGCACGCGGUACGGGCUGGAGGAGCUCUGGGCCAUGGGCAUGGGAGACCUGCUGGGGGCCAUGUUCGACUUCAGCGAGAAGCUCAGCGCCCUCGAGCUCAGUGACGAGGAGCUGGGGCUCUUCACCGCCGUGGUCCUCGUCUCAGCAGACCGCUCGGGUAUGGAGGACACGGCAUCAGUGGAGCAGCUGCAGGAGACGCUGCUGCGGGCCCUGCGGGCCCUCGUGCUGAAGACACGCCCGGCUGAGACCUCGCGCUUCACCAAACUGCUGCUGAAGCUGCCGGACCUGCGCACCCUCAACAACCUCCACUCCGAGAAGCUGCUCUCCUUCCGCAUCGAUGCCCAGUAGUGCCCCCCGGGCCCCCCCGCGCACCCCUGUACAUACACCACAGCGGGGGGACACACAGACUUCCCCCUUCCCCCGCCCCGGGGCAGCACCGACCCCGUGGCGCCCGUCGGACUCGCAGGGAUUCACCCCAAGGUGGGCGCCAGGAUGCUGGGACCCCCCCACCCCAAAUCGGGCACCGCCCCCACGGCUCCGCUGGCAGCGCCGGGGGGGUCCCCUCGCCCCAACACCCCCGUUCUGGCGGCCGGGGGUGGGACACAGAGGCUGGAUCCAGCCGCGCUGGGGGGGGUGGGUCUGAGGGGGGAGGGGGUUUGGUUGGUUGGUUUUUUUUUCAUCAUAUAUUUAUUACAUAAAUAUAUAGUAAAAUAGACCAGCAACAAUUACCAUAAAAAUAUCUUUCUUUAAAAUCCUGACCAAAACACAAAAGGGUUUAAAAUCGCACGUCACAGACUGUGAUUGUCACGGGGGCUCCGCGGCCCCCCCCCCGGCCCGCGCCCCUACAUUCAGCGACGCCGGCCGCGGCCCCCCCGGCACCCUGCAUAGUGGGGGGACCCCGCGUGGGGCGCGCCGAGCCGAGCCGGGCCGUGCCGGGGCUGUGCUGGGCCAGCUGCCGGCCGGGCUCGACGCCCACGGGCAGGGGCAGCUCCGGGAGCCAUGAGGUAUGUGCUUGGGGGGGGACACGGGGGGCGCGGGGACGGGGGACGCGGGGCGGGGGGUGGCCCGGGGGAGGUGGCGCAGGGGUGGGGGGCACCGGUGUGGCCCCCCGGGACCGACGCUGGAUGCUGGACGUGCGAUGGCGACGCGAGACGGAGACGCGGGGACGGCCCGGGGGGGGCGCGGGGGGAGUACAGGGUGUGGGUGGGGGCGUGCGGGGGGGGGCAGCGGGUGGGGGGUGCCGGGCUGAGCCCCCCCACCCCGGGACAAGCUGCCCCAGGGCCCCGUGUGGCCGCUCUGGGGGAAUCACGGGGGCUGAUUAAGACACGUCCCGCGACAGCGCUGCCGUGUCGCGACAGGAGCGCGCGGCGUCACACGGGCUGUGCGCGGGAACACGCGGGCAGCGCGGGGCCACGGCACCGGCACCGGCACCGGCACCGCAACGACAUGGCACGGCCACGGCACCGGCACCGGCACCGGCACGGCUCCUCCGCGCCGUCAUUGCACCAACAGGAGAUGCCAUGGCACUGACACGGCACGGCCACGGCACCAACGCGCGUGGCCGUGGCACCGGCAUUGCACCAACGUGCCGCCUCGCACCGGCACCGACAUGGCACGGCCACGGCGCUGGCACAGCACCGGCACGGUCACGGCACCGACAUGGCACGGCCACGGCACCGGCACGGCCACAACAGCACCGGGCGCGGGGGGCAUCACCCGGGUGCCGCAGCCCCGCCCGUGGCCCGAAGGCACGUGUUGGGACCGGUGCUGCCAGGGGUGGGGGGCGAACCCCCAAACCCUGCGCCCCCCAUGUGCGGGCGUUAGUGUUCGGCUCCUAUUGCACCGCCCGCGGCCGGUGCUGCCGGGACCCCCGAGCCGGGACCCCCGAGCCGGGACCCCCGAGCCGGGCACCCGGGUGGGGGUUUAAGACAUUUUGCACCAAGGUCAAAUCCGGCGCUGGUAUUUGGGGAUGGGGGGCAGGCGCCCCCCACCCACGGCACCCUGGGGUGCCACAGCCCCGCUGUGCCCCCCAACCCAGCUGCAGGGGGUCUGGCGGGGCCCCCCCACCCCGAAAUGACCCCCAUGGUUGGGGGAGUCUUGGGUGUGGGGGGAGCCCAGCCCGGCCCCCUGUGCCUGUGGGGGGACGUGUCUGGUGUUGGGAUUUUCUGCUUUUAAACGACCCGUAAAAAGAUUUUUUUUUUUUAAUUACAAAAAUUAUAUAUUUUAUAUAUAUUUAUAUAUAUAUAUAUAUAUAUUAGCUUAGGUGGGUCCGGCCUGCCUCGCCGGCCCCCCCCCGGCCCGCACCCCCCCUCGGCCUCCGCCUGAGGUAAGAAAAAAUUCACAAACCUAAAUGUGGGGGGGGGGGGUAAAAAGGUGAUAAAACCAUUCCCGGGUGCCCCCUCGCAGCUGUGCUCCCCCCCCCCAAGCCCCCUAUGGGACUCCCCCUGCCGGCCCCCGCCUCAGCCCGGCCCCCCCGGCAGCACUGGGGGGCGGUUGGGGGGUGCAGCCCCCCCAAAGUGCUGGUGCCAGGGGGAUGGGGCAGUAGUGCAGUGGGGGAUCCCGGGGGGGCACCCACUGCCCCCCCGCCGGCGCCUCCAGGGCCUUUGCAACUCCUGACGGACACGACAAAACCCACGAGGACGAGGGGAAAAACAACAAAAAAAAAAGGACAACGGAAAAGUUGGGGGGGGUUUGGGGGGGAGUGGCCCCCCCCCAGUGUCCUGCAGCGCCCACCAUCCACGGCGCUUGGCACAAAAUUGUCUCCUCUCAGCUCAAAAAAAAGACAA